AACGAGAGAGGUACCAUAUGGAGUUAAGAAAAUAUGGUAGACGCAGUUACAUCAUGCUACCGAUGAUCAGGGUGUAUUUGGUAAGUUGACCAACAGUUAGGGUGAUAAUUGUAGCACUAUUUAAACUUGGAGGUUUUGUUUUGUCAAAAGUCCAAAACUCGGGAAGAAAAACCCAAACCGGAGCAAAACUAACAUCGUGGCGUGGGUCUUGUAUAAUCGAAUUCACUCACCGGUGACCGCCCUGAACGUGAACGAAUUUUAGACGUCGAAUUUGCUUUCCUUUACAGUAAAGGGUCGAGAAGAUGGAUCCUUCCUGGCACCACCCCCACCGUCCUCCUUCACCACUGCCGCCAUCUUUUGCUCCACCACCGCAACCGCCACCGCCGGCGAAUGGUACCAUGUGCCCAGUUUGCUCAACCUUUCACUUUCCAUUCUGCCCUCCACCUUUCCCUUCAACCUACCCUCCUAACUAUUAUCGUUAUCAAGUUCCACCGCCCCAACCUCUUCCUCCUCCUCCUCCUCCUCGCCCCGAUCAGUUCUAUCCCAGACCUCCCCAACACCCGCCGCCGCCUAUCCCAUCACCGGCGCCCUACGAUCCUUUUGUUGAUCCUCUCAGGGGUGCUCCACAACCGGAGGCCCAGCGCCCGUUUAUUGAUUCACAGCGACCUCCCUGGAGCUCAAAUAAUGGGUUCAAUAGAGACCCGCAUGGGUCUUUUUAUGCAAAUAAUGAGAAAAAUUACGGUAAUGUUGGGGCGAAGAGGAUGAGAUUUGAUGAUUCUGGCUUUUCCUCAAGUCCCUCCGGGAGGUACGCGAAUGAGCAUUCUAUUAAUUCAUCUGCAGAUGACGAAAGACGGUUGAAACUCAUUCGGGAUCACGGUGGUGUGAAGAGCGGUGAAUUUGAUAGGAAUUCUGGGGACAAAAGGAGUUUCGAUGAAUUCAGGGAUGCAGGGAUUAAACCCCCUUUAAAUACCGAAUUUGAUGGAAGGAGGAAUUUUGUGGUUCAAGAGAGUAGUGCCCAGAACAUUGAGGAUGGGAAAUUUGUACAAUAUGGAGAAUUGAGGGGUAAUCAGUUUGAUCAUAGAUUUCAUCAGUCAAAUGUGCACGAACAUAGUAGGAAUAGUCUCAAUAGUGUAGGUCUGCCGAUGGAAAAUAGUGAAGCAAUGAGACUCAAUCAAAGAAGUGUUUCUGGUUAUCCUAAUGAUCAAAGAAGUGGCUUUGGUCGGGAGUUGCAUAGUCCUGGAAGUGGCUUGCCUUAUCAACAGCCACCGCUUCCUCUGUCUCCACCACCCCCACUUCCGGUGGAAUCUCCGGGACAUUAUCAGUCUCAGCCGGUCUUUUUGUCAUCACCAACUGUAUCAUCUGGCUCCUUGUUUCCGGUUCUGCCUAAUUCUUCAGCUGCUGUGGCAUCAUCUUAUCCUUCUGUGCCUGGAUACGAUUUCAAUAAAGGUCGUAUACUUGCAUCAAGUGGUUAUGUUACUCAGGAAUUACGAGCCUCUCAGGAAGCAGCCGGUAAAGCAUACUUUGCUGGGAUGGAAGUCGCGCCAAGUUGUUUAUCACCUGCUAAACCACAAAAUAUUGAUGCCUCUCACAUAAUAAAGUACCCCCAUAGGGCAUCCCGACCUGACCGCAUUGUCGUUAUCCUCCGUGGACUUCCAGGUAGUGGGAAGAGCCACAUGGCAAAAAUGUUACGAGAUCUUGAGGUGGAAAAUGGUGGUAGUGUUCCUCGAAUUCAUUCGAUUGAUGAUUACUUCAUGACUGAAGUUGAAAAGGUUCAGGAGAGUGAGGCUCCCAAGACUUCUGGGACUGUUAGAGGGAAAAAGGCAGUUACGAAGAAAGUCAUGGAAUACUGUUAUGAACCUGAAAUGGAAGAGGCUUACCGGUCAAGUAUGCUGAAGGCCUUUAAAAAGACCCUUGAUGAUGGAGGCUUCAACUUCGUUAUUGUGGAUGACCGCAAUCUGCGGGUAGCUGAUUUUGCUCAAUUUUGGGCAACUGCAAAGAGAGCAGGCUAUGAAGUGUACCUGUUAGAAGCUGCCUACAAGGAUCCUGCGGGCUGUGCAGCAAGAAACGUGCAUGGUUUCAUCCUGGAUGAUAUACGUAAGAUGGCUGAUCUAUGGGAAGAAGCUCCAUCCUUGUACCUGAAGCUGGAUAUAAAGUCAUUGCUUCGUGGAGAUUGUUUAGAGGAGAAUGGUAUUCAAGAGGUUGACAUGGACAUGGAAGAUGAAGAUCAUGUUGGAGGUCAUUCCAGUACUUCUGAAAGUACUAGAAAGAAGCUUGGAGUACUUCAAGGCGGCCUUGUUUCUGACGGUUCCCUAGAGGAAGAUGAGAAGUUCCAAGCUGAAGCAGAUCAUCCACCUGAGGAAGUGAAAGAAUUGGGGAAGAGCAAAUGGUCAAAUGACCUGGAUGAAGAGGACAUCCAUAAGCAUGAAUUAAGUAGUAAAUUAACUCCUGUUCCUGGUUUGUUAUUAAAAUCUUGUAAUAAGGAAGGUAAAUCAGUGCGUUGGAGUGACGAGGUUGGGAAUUCUGGCUUUUCAAUUGCUGCUGCAAAAAAUUUGCAUGUAGCCUCUUUGGUGAUAGGUCCUGGUGCUGGAUAUAAUAUGAAGUCAAACCCCCUCUCAGAUAAAGAGAAGAAGAUAACGUCUUCACAAAGCAGCGGUGUAUCAAGAAAGCAAAAUGUCUUUGAAGAGAGAUUACGCGCUGAACGGGAGUCUGAAAGGGAGUCGUUUAAAGCUGUCUUCGACAAGAGGCGGCAGCGUAUUUCUGGGAUCAGUGGCGAUGACUGACCAAACUAAGCUUGUAAAUUCGAGGCGGAGACACUGAAGAAGCUCUGUUCAGACUGUUGUAUGUGGUAUUGCCGUUGAGUUCCAAUGCAAAAUUUUGUGAAACUGUUUUAUUAUCUACUCCCUCUGUGUACUAAUACAAUUGCUUUAGGAGAAGGGAGUUAUUUAUUUAUUUAUUUUUUCAUAUUUUGCGGGUGUCCACCGUCGUCAAUUCUUCUUUUGGGUUCCUUUCUCCAUAAUGGGCUUUUGAGGUCCGAUGUAUUGAUCAAUUUUAAUGGGCAGCUGGGUUCGAGCUCAAUUGUGUCAUUUGUUUGAUGCUGUAAUAAAGCAAUAUUUUUGCUGAGCUUCUGUCUUUUUGUUUUUUUAAUAUAUUUUUCAUCCAUAAUAUGCUCGUCAUUUUGUCAAAUUUGAACUACAGGAGAGAAUUGUGCAAAUGUAACCAAAAAAAAGAGGAAAAAAGAACACAUACUUUCCAGAUUAGCAGUUUUGUUUUAAUUUCAAUUAUACUUUUUAAUUAUCUACUAGUAAAAGAAAUUCUGAUGUUCAACAUAAAUUGUUCAAUGCAUAUUAUAUUUUAAUUUUUUUUUU